CCGCCGGCUGCGCGGCGCUCUCCCGGAGGCGCGCCCGAGCCGCCGCCGCCGCCGCCGUCGCCGCCGCCGCCAACAUGGCCGAGACGAGCGAAGAGGUGGCGGUGCUGGUACAGCGGGUGGUGAAGGACAUCACCAACGCCUUCAGGAGGAACCCGCACAUAGAUGAAAUUGGCCUGAUCCCAUGUCCUGAAGCUAGGUAUAACCGGAGUCCCAUAGUCCUGGUUGAAAACAAACUUGGUGUGGAGAGCUGGUGUGUCAAGUUCCUUUUACCGUAUGUCCACAACAAGCUCCUUUUGUACAGAAUGAGAAAGCAAUGGCUGAACAAAGAUGAAUUGAUAGAUGUCACAUGCACCCUGCUGCUUCUAAACCCAGAUUUUACCACUGCCUGGAACGUGAGAAAAGAGCUGAUCCUCUCUGGUACUUUAAAUCCAAUUAAGGAUUUACAUCUGGGAAAACUGGCCUUAACUAAGUUUCCAAAGAGUCCAGAAACAUGGAUUCACAGACGAUGGGUGCUACAACAGCUAAUUCAGGAAACCUCCUUGCCUUCCUUUGUAACCAAAGGAAACUUGGGAACAAUCCCUGCCGAAAGGACACAGCGACUAAUACGAGAAGAGAUGGAGGUGUGCGGUGAAGCGGCAGGAAGAUACCCAAGUAACUACAAUGCCUGGUCCCAUCGCAUCUGGGUUUUACGACACCUGGCAAAGCUGGAUGUCCAGAUUCUUCUUGAUGAACUAUCUUCUACUAAACACUGGGCGUCCACACAUGUUUCAGACCACAGUGGAUUUCACUACCGCCAGUUUUUGUUAAAGUCUUUGAUUAGCCAAACUGUGAAAGACAGUUCUGUGUUGGAAAAAAACCCUUUGAGAAGUGAGCCAGCCCUGGUUCUUCCAAAAGAUGAAGCAGCAGCAGCUUCACCAGAGAAACCAAGGAUAACUAUUCCCCAUCUUCUAGAAGAAGAAGUUGAAUUCAGCACUGAUCUUAUUGAUUCCUACCCAGGGCAUGAAACCCUUUGGUGUCACAGGCGGCAUGUUUUCUACCUUCAGCAUUAUUUAAAUGGUAGGUUUCCUCACAACGUGACCCAGUUGUCACCUGGAGACAGCCCUGGGGGGACUUUGAGUGACUUGCACCACAUCCCAGCAGGCCCCCGCACAUCUCAGGCAAUGGAGGUAGAUGGACUGAGUGACUCUAGCAAGCAAGGCUAUUCCCAGGAAACGAAACGCCUGAAGAGGACCCCAGCUCCAGAUUCCCUAGGCCUGGAAAUGGAGCACAGGUUCAUCGAUCAAGUAUUGUCCACCUGCCGGAACGUAGAGCAGGCCAGGUUUGCCAAUGCAUAUAGGAAAUGGCUGGAUACUUUGAGUCAAUGAAAGAGAUGGACUAUUCCUGCAAGGUUCCCCUUUUAGUGCAAUAUUGCUUUCCUUUCUUAUUUACAUAGUUGCAUGAACUAUUUGCUGUUGUUAGCUACCUAUAUGUUCUUCAUCUUUACCUUAAAGGUCCAUAGUAAAUCUUUCACUUAAUUUUUUUUGUUAAGAACUGGCAUUUCUUUGGGGAUAAAAUAAUUGUGUAGUUCCUUCCUGCUUAAACAGUGAGUCUUAUUUUUUUCUUUGUAACUUCUCAUUCUUUAUAUUUCUAUACUUCUAUACUUCUAGAAGAAGCCUGUAUUUCUAGGCUUCUUCUCAUUUGGUUCUUCUAGGUGGUUCACACAUACCUCUACCCACCUCAGUGCAAUUGAUGCAUAGACUAAUUUUUUAAUUAAAAAUGUAUGUUGUAGUUCAGCUUAAAAACAAGACAAAUGCAAAAUUAUUCAAUAUAAUUGUUGUUUUGCGAAUCAAAUGGCCAGAUGAGUGGAUAAGUUAAAGUAUAAACCAUUUCUUUCUCUACCAGUAGCAUGUUCUACUCAAGUUAUAGACCAAGAUAACCAAAGUCAGCAGUAUUGAAAUUUAUAUGAAAAACAUGCUUCCAACGUAACCCAUUUUUUAAAUGGUUAUUUUAAAAGAAGUAAUUUUAAGAAUUUAUGUAAUUGUAGUACUAGAAAAUUAUUUUUAUGACUAGUUUUGUAGAUUGUUUUUACCUCAAAUUUGGUAUAUGCCAAAAACACUCAAGUCGGCCCUUAAAAAAAUCUUUAAAAAAAAAAACGCUGGAAUGCCAUUUUUGAGUUAUUACUACUUUCUUUCCAAAUUCAUCAUAAAAAAUGGGAGAAAUAUGCAUAGAAAUGUAUCCAUAAAAAUCUUUUUUUAAAAAAAUUUAAGUUAUUGAGGAUACACUGGAUAAAAUACAAAAUUUUAAUGAAGUGGUUUUUAGAAGUUUACUGGCAAAAGCCAGGGAGAAAAAAUAGUUUUGAAGGUUAGUUCUUCAAUCUUUAUUUUAGAAAAUAAAAGCAAUUAAAAAACUUUGAUAUAAACUUAUCAGGGAUGAGGUACCAAAGUAUCCACCUUAUAGCUGUAUCUUAUCUUUUCAAUAACAAGGGCUGGGUUUUUCAGGUUGGUGAGGCGGGGUGGGGGAAAGGCCAGGUAAUGUCUGAUGUCUACUUUAUACUUAUUAUAUUUACUCCUUCAUAAAUGGUCUGCCUUGUUUAUUUCUAUAUACCUUUCUCUUUAUUUUCCCAGUCCAUUCCAUCCUUUUUGUUACUUUCACUUUUGCGUAUUUUUCCUUAUUUCAGAGAUACGACUGAAGAUAUUCUCCUCCCUAUUUCCAAUGAAUUCCAUGCUCCAUUAAACACAUACACACACGCGACACAUACACAAAAUGUGAAUAUGACCUGCUCCUUUGAAAGUUCCCCUAAUGACGGAAGCUGUCUUUUGCCCUGCAUGUGUGCAGAAUGCGAGUAACAGUGGCAGAAACAAGUGUGAUCAGCAUGCCUGUGCUCCUUUUCACGUGCUAGGUCACCUGUAUGGUGAAGAGACAGGCAGGGAAGGCAGACCUCCCUUGUCUCACUGUUAUGGAGACCCUUGACUGGAGGGAGGCACAUUGCCUUAGGGAAAAGAGGAAGUCCUUAACCUUGCGCGUCAUGGUUUUGUUGAGUGGUAAACUGUUGAGUGAGACAGGAACACCAGAACAGGCCUGGCUCCUGUAGACAGAAGCUGCUCUUCUCUCUUGGGGCAAAAAUUACCCUUUUGUAGCUUUUAUAGUAUUUUGGUGAGAAAAUAAUUCCAUUAUGAACAUAAUUCCAUGGCUCUUUGUAUUCAAGGCAUAUUUUGAAUCAGAUACCUCAACGUCUACCUAGACUUCUAUGGAUAAAAUCAUUAGUUUAUGAUCUUCAGCACCUGCAGGGUUUGGGGGUUAACUACACAAAGCUGACAUGGCAGAUGCAGCCCAUUCCACUAACACAUGUUGCCAACUUCUGGCCUCACUCAGUAUUACCUUGAUUUUAAGUAUCCCAAGUAAGAGGGCUUCUUAUGUUUUGAUGUUAGAGUGUCAGGACAUGGGUGUAGACAAUACCCUGUGAAACACCUAAAUAUUAUAAUGCUCCACAUCUUUCUCUGCCUUCCACAGAGUAUCUUAUUAACUGCCCUCGUGUGUUUUAAGGCUCUUAACCCACCCCAUUUUGAAGACCUGCAGUCCUUUACUGUAUCUUGGUCUGUCUCUCUAAUAGUUUUAAGUAGGGGGUGAAAAUACAAAUAUCCAAAGGGUACUGUUUGUCUGUGACUUUUGUGUGCUACUUUAUUUCUAAAAUUUUCAUUUUUUCAAGUGAUCAUUCACAAAAACCUAGUAUUGCCCUAUAUCAUAUUUUCUUUCCCUAAAUGGUUGACACCUAAACUCACUAGCUGUAGCAUGAUAAUAUUUCUUUGACUGAUGAGCUCAUUUGGUGGAAAGGAUGUGUGUAUUUUCACGGAUUUGUCAAUCUUUACUUAUUUUUGUACAAAUAUGUUGUUAAAAGAAGAGAUGGUUUCUAUUGACACACAUUUCAUCAAAUUUUCACUGGAAGAAUAGUAGGCCAUUGUACUAUCCUGUGGAUCAAGAAUACUACUGACAUGCAAAAAAUAAGUUGGUCAGUGUUUUCACUGCCACCCCUCCACCCCACCUUUUUUUUAGUAUACCUGUUUUGGUAACACGGUGUUCACAGAUUCUGCUGCAUGUUGUGAAGAGUCAUUAAAUAUUUAUUAAAUGAAUGAAUGAUUACCUGUUUGAAGAGGGGAAAGAUUGAUCAUGAGUGAUGGAUAAGAGCGAGCUAUGAUUGAGAAAUUGAUAGGAUUAGAGCAGUGGAUUGUGAAUGAAUGAUGUAGUCUAGCUUCACCAUACUUCAGUGAAGCUGUUGCAUGUAGAAUAAGUUAAUUUUUUUUCCAUUUAACUGCCUUGUUUAAGCUUGUUAAAUCCCAUCCAAGAAGUGCAGCUCUAUGAUUAUCAAUUAACUGUACUUUAAUAUAUAUUAAAAAUUCAUAGAACUGAUCAAUCCCAUUUGAAUUAAGAACACUACUUUCUGUUCAUUUAUGAUGUUGGAGGACAGAUCUUGCCAACACAGCCAGAACCACUUGGGGCAUCGGAAGAAAUUCUUUGAUUUCAGAGACUUCUUGAUCUGUACCUGGAGUGGGUAGUCAUUUUGUGCUUUUCCUUUUCUCCUCCUCAACUUGCACUGUGGCCCUUUUAGAUCUAUCAUAAACUUGUGUCCGUUUUUUAACGUAAGGAUUUGAUACCUAUUAAUGUCCCCUUUUUCUUUUCUAGGUUUUAACAUUUUAUUACUUUUCUGAAAACUCUGGGCCCAGCUUUUCGGUCAUUUUUAUUAUUCCUAUGGUAUGGUUCUAAUACAAAUUGAAGGCGUCAUUAUUAAUAGGACUAAACGGACAUGGGUGGUCAGUAAAAGCCACUUAAAUCUUCCGAUAAGGGCUUAUGUGACACAAGAUGCGGAAACACAAGUUCUUGAAUUUUUAUGGAGCAUUUUGUAGGACAGCAUAUAUGGUGGUAGACUUUGUGUCAUUGAGAUAUAUUCCAGUCAUACAACUCAUGCUUGUUGAGACACAUUCGUGUGUGUGUGUGUGUGUGUGUGUGUGUGUCUAAAGAAAACUUUAAUAUUACUGAGAACAAACUGUCAGUCUAGUAAUUUUCUCUUAUGUAGCACAAGAUGGUAUAAAAGACACAGGCUAAAUACAGUUUAGGAGUACAAUUACCACUUGUACAGUAAUCGAAUCUCUACCUUAGUACCCUGAAUUACGGACGAUGCUACACAUUUAGUUAUCAAAGGAAGUAACAUGUAAUAAUCUUUUUUUUUGCAUAAAGUUUUUGUAAGCUUAUAGUUAUUUUGUUACUAGAAAAUUAUAUUUUAAAACUUUUAGAUAUUAAAGUAUGCUAGAAAAUUUGAACAGCAUUGUAAUAACUGAACCUUUUGUCUUCUGAAUACAUUUCUCAAAUAGGUAACUGUUGCAAAACCUAGCACUUGACAUGCUGCUGCCUCCCCCUGCCUGGGUCUAUACUCCAUAAUGUGCGCCUGUUUCCUGGAGAAGUGCAAGGAGGCACAGCAAAGCUUAGGCAAAUUCAGUGAGCAGGAAAACUCAACCUGAGAAUUCUACUUAACCAUCACACAGUGUCUUUUAAAAAUAACUAUACAUACUGUGUUAAUUCGAGUGCCUUUUUUACUUUUGGGGGGAGCAAGAUUAUAUUUCAGUCUAAUGUUUAGGUAGAAAACAGAAGCUAGAAGUUUUAUCCGUUCAUUGCGACUCACUCUAUUCCAGUUGCUAGGCAGGCUCCCUUAGAGUAUUGUACCCUCUUGAGAUACUGAUACGGGCAGGUAGGAUGUUUUGGCUUGUAUUUCUUUAGUUAUUAUGUUUAAGUACCCUACCAAGAAGAACUGGUUCUUUUUAGGGGAUGGGGCAUCACAUUUAGAGGAUGACACGUGCAUAAACAUCAACCUGAAACCUGUGCAGCCUGCGUUCAAAGGGAAACAGUGGCUCUCUGCCCUAAAAGAAAAGCCAUACAGUUUUCCCAAAUGAAUACUUUGCCUCACUUUAAGGACUUAAAGAAUUCCCUCCCAAAUCCAGACCUAUGUAAGAUAGUUGAAAAGGGGGGGAAAUGGGGCCCUUAUGCUUUCAAAUAUUGGAGGAAAAGAAGUGAACACCGAGAUGAAAUUUAAAAUAUGGCAUUUUAUGUAUUUGGGUAUGGGAAGGGGAAGGAUAGGAAUUCCAUAUUUCAAGAUAGCAAAUACUUUUUAAUUGUAAUUUCCUAAAAAUAUAUAGCUAUAGAUUCCAAAGUGCUUUUCAGAGGACUGUUAACUAAUACUAUAUUCUAAAUGGCAGCAAUACGUCAUGGUCAUCGUUGAGACAGAAAACCAUCGUGUCAGUUGUGGCUCCAUGGUGGGGUGAGCCUUAGGCUCCCCGUUUGGACCUCUGUGGUCACCAGGCCCUGCUGACACUGUAAAACCAAGCUCCUUGCUGAAAGAGAGAGACAGACAGAGACAGAGACAGAGAGCAGUGACUUAGCUAUGAAACCUUGUGCUUCCAUGAAUAUUAACUAUCCAUAGUUUGUGCUUUCUGGACAAUCAUACGGUCCACAAAGCUCACCCUGGCAUUUGUUUUAUUAGUCUAUUAUUAUUCCUCAGGGUGUAGAAAAUUUAGUCAAUUUAGGACAAAAUUUUAUAUUCAGUGGCAAAAAAAAAAGGGGCAAACAUAUGCUAACUAUAUUACUAGUCCUUAAAAUCGUAGUGUACGUAGUCUUUUUUAUAAAACACUAGCAGUGCAGCAGCACGCGAUGCUCGUGACUGCCUCGUCGCUCAUCUCACUGCGUUAACCCCCGUGGCUCCAUUAGGAGUGUUCCCUUCCACCUGUCUUCCAGAGACGUGCUUUCUGUAGUGUCUUAUUUUUCAUGUUUGGCAGUGGUAGGUGGGGGUGUUUCAGUGGACAGCAGUCUCAAUUUUUGAAUAUUCUGUUGAGGAAAAGGAUUACUAUUGGUUUUUCAAGUAACAACUAUUUUGCCUCUUGAAACUUCAGUUUCCUGAAAAGAGUGUUUUCUGUGCAAACCCUGUAUACGUUCAGUACAUUGCAUAAUGCCUUGCACUUUGUAGGAUUUCAACAAGUCAGAAUUGCUAAACGCUAGAAAAUUGGAACAGAUUUAUCUGUGUCACCGCCAUUGUACACAUCCUUAGCUUUAGGGGAGAUGCAGUAUCGUGCAUGAGACGCACAAUCAGCUUGAGAUAUACAAGGCGACGAUUGCAAGUGGGAUUUAGAUACUUUUCAGGCAUAUAUCUUUGUGUGUACACAUGUCCGUAUGUAUAUACAUUUAAAUGAGAUUUGGAACUUGAAUUUCUGUAGUGCUUUUACGAAGAAUUUUAUCCGAAGGAUUUUUAUUUUCGUAUCUGCUUACAAGGCAGUUUUCUUAAUUAGACCAGCCCCUUCAAAGAAAGUUGGAACCCUAACACAAGUGCCCACUUGUCUUACUUAACCAGAUAUUUGUGUAAACUGUUUAUAUAUUAAGUCUUGGGUUGCUCACAAACCAUGAUAUUUCUGCUUUUCUUCCUUUAGGGAAUCAGCCUUAAUUUUAUGUAUGGCAGUCACUACCCUCAAAGUACUAUGCAGCAUACUUCAGAUGUUCGUUUAUAUUUAUAAAGUGAUCAGUGAUAAAGUUGAGGUUUUUUAAUGUCAGAGAUGAACAAUUUCACAUGUCCAGAUGUUGAUUCACACAGCAUUUUCUUAAAAAUGCUCAUAUAUUACCCUGUCUCACAAAUGUCAUCUUGCAUUUGAGGCAGGUAUUUUUUUCUUAUUGGUUAAGGAAUGAGAGAUUUGAGUGCAGUCAUAGUAGGUGCUCAAUAAAUAUGUAGUCCAUUAUUGACCUAAUGUCAAAAUAACUGAGCUUUCAGAAAGGAAACUGUUGUCAUCUUUCGCUGAGAAGUAUAUUUUUAGAGUAAUAUAUGUUUGAAAUUGAAAAAUUGUAUCAUUUGACAUGAAUUUUCAGGCUUUUAUUUAGAUUGGAGUUAGUAAUGUAAUAAAAAUAUUGUUUAUGUAGAACAUGGACUGAAGAUAGGAGAUGUGAAAAGUUUAGUAUCUUUUUGUGCAAGGCACAUUAAUAAAUGUGAUUCAAUGUCUUAGUAGGUUGCUGAACUCUAGAGAGAACUACUGUAGUCUUCUGCAAUCAAUGUCUAUGUUGGUAUAUCCAAUAUUACCUGGUUUAAGUUCUGUUUAUUUUUCCCUAAAUCUUGGUUGCUUUCCAGUGUCUUAAAAGUGGUGAUGGUAAAAUAUGAAGUUUAAUUAAAUAACUUCUUACUGCUUUUCUCAGAACGUCUUUAAAAUGAAGGAGAAAUUUUUCUGAAUGAUAUAGUACUUUCAGAAUCUGUUAAUUUGUGGCUUUCAGAGUUUGACAGUUUACGUAGUGGAAACAUUUAAAAGUUAAAAGACAAACAAGCAUUCCAACCUGAGCUGUGAGGAGCAGAGUGUGUAGUUACAAGUGUAAUCAUGUAUUGGCCCCUGGAGAAUUUCCUGAUUUCUGACUUAGAUGCUGGCUUCUGACUGAGACCAGGUAUCUAUUGUUCCUCGGAAAAAUAACAGAAUGGGUAACUAGAUUUACUUGUGUUUGAGUUGGACAAAAUAAAAGAUGAGGUAUUGUAGGUAGGCCUACAAAAUAAAAGAUGGGGUAUUGUAGGUAUGCCAAAUAUUUAUACACUCCACUGUCAAAACUUGAAUAAAAAGGUGGGGAGAGAAAAUUAUAAAAGGUCAAUGAUUUUUUUUUAAUAGCUUCUAAAUUUUUUAAUACAAGUCUCUUGGACGCUAGGCAGUUGCUUACUUUAACGCUGAAUGACUUACUUAAGGGAUAGUUCUCAGAUACUGUAUUCUGCUAUUAGAAUUCAUCAUGCAUGUUAAUUUUACAUUGCUUGAAGAUGUUCCCCCAAAAUGGAGUAUUUAAGUUGCAGUCAAUAUUGUUUUAAGAUUCUCUUAUAGGUUAUGGUUUAAAUGGACAAGUUACAUAUAGGAUCUGUGGUGCAAGGUCAGAUCCUGGGCAUUAAAGAUCAGUUUGGCUAACUUACUUACUGAGGAUACUAAUUGUCUUCACUCGGAUUGCACUGCUGUUUUUUUAAAACUACUCCCCCCACCAAGAAAAAAACCAGUCUACAUUGAAGUUCCUUUAGCUUUCACCAUAUGCUAACUGAAAUCUUUUUAAGCACUAAAUAUUUUGUGAAUCCGUUUUACACUUAAAAAUGUAUAAGUUGCGGAGGAAUAAAAAUAAAUUAUGCAUUAAGGUAUGUGCAGAGUGUGCUUGUGAUGUUCUGGAAGUUAGUACUCCAGAGUGCUAAUUUCUAAGGCUAAUGUAAUGAUUAGACAUUACUUAUACCAGCUCUGUCGAAUAGAAAUAAACGUGAGCCACGUAUGUAAUUUUUAAUGUUCUAGUAGCCACAUUUUUUUUAGAAGGUCAAAUUAACUUUGAUAUUUUAUUUAACCCAAUAUGUUAAAAAUAUGAUUGUUUCAUUAUGUAAUCAAUAUAAAAAAUAUUGAGAGAUUUUACCUUCCUUCUUUUCCCACGUGAGUCUGCAAAAGUCAGUGUGUAUUUUGCACUCACAGCACAUGUCAAUUCUGACUAGCUACAUGUCAAGUGCUCAAAUAGCUGCGUGUGGCUAAGGGCUACUAUAUCGGACAGUGCAGACUCAUAGGGUACAAAAUAUGACUUUAUUUUCAAUUGGGAGAUGAUGAAGUAGACAUGAAAUUCUGGUACUUUAAAAAUUAUUUAGUAUACUUAGAAAAGUACCUAAUAGAAUUAUCCACUCCUUUUCCUUCAUCUUCAUUUUAAACUUGCUCCAGAAGUAGACUCAAUCUGUUUCAAUUUGCCAAACAUUAUUUAAGGAGGAAGAAAUUCCAUGCCAUGUAAAAUACCAUGAUAGGCAAAUUAUAACAACACAUUAUUAACACAUUUUUCAGUGUGUUCACUAAAUUCUGUUUUAUUCCUUCAAAAUAGCUUAAAUUGCAUGUUACUUGUGUAUCUGUACCUAUUUUGUUUUUAUAUUACUCUUAUAAUACAAUAAUGUGUAUUAACAAACAGCCCUAGGAUUCUAAUCUUCCUAUGCAGCUGUCUUCCAGUACUUACUGGUACACUUACUAAGUUGUGAUAAGUGGCAGAAAAGUAGAAACGAACCAUUCUUUUCAUUAGAUUUGUUUUUAUCAUGUGACCAUGUACCAAGCCAGCUAUAAAUUAUUGUAUUUCUGUAGAAUAUGGAAAAUAGUGUUUAUGUCUUAUCUUUGCUAAAUGUUGCAAUUUCUAAGUAAAACUUUUCAUCUCCUAAAA